AUGCGGUUAGCUACGUCAGAGCAGCUACGAUUCCGCAUGUUGAGUCAGAGUAAGCAGGCGUUCAGAACGGACCAAAUUCCCGUCACACUCGGCGAAUUCUUUGCUGAGUGGAAAGUAGACGAGGAGUCCACACAGCACAGAGGAAUGUGCAAUUCUUCAUCAAGCCGGACAGUGUACCGUACUGGUACGCAAGACGAAUUCGACAGCACCGCAAAGCGCCUUUCCAAGGACACUCGUCGAUCGGCAGACCCGACUCUGCACAGACGAUACAGUCACACUCACACUAUAGACAUGAUGCAGACCAAGACCGACUACUUUGGUCCGGAAUCGCCAAUGAGUGGGCCAUCUAGCGGCGGAGCAAGCCCCUCGACAUCUGCCAUGCUGAGCCCCGGAUCAAGCUCAGUGGGAGCUUCGCAGCUCUCCCUACUCGCUCUCAACUCGGAGAGGAAUUCGCCCUCCACGUCGGCCUGCACAUCCGUCAGCGAUCUCUCUUCGGAGGUGGACAAGCUUUCUUUCGACAAUGCCAAGACGAGCCGCGUUGCGGGCGAAGCCGUUCAAGACGCGAAUGCCAACGAGGAGCCAGAAAGCAAUACCGAGGAUAGCGAGGCAGCAGCCGUGGAAGCAGAGAACCGCCGAGUUGAGGAGGAGCUCGACUCGGCUCUGGCGUUCGGAACACAGAUCGUGCAGCGGGAAGCCCGUGCGCUCGCGAUGGCAGCCAGGCGCCUCUCAAGGCAUUCUGCGCAGCAAGAUGGUUUCCGUCAAGCUGUACGCCUCGUGAUGCGUGCAACGACCGGAGAGCGAGGCGGAAAAGUGGUCCUGACAGGUGUCGGAAAGAGCGGCAUCAUUGCCAAGAAGCUAUCGGCCACCUUCCUCUCGCUCGGCACGCCCUCCAUGUUCCUCCACCCAACGGAAGCGUUGCACGGCGACCUCGGACUGCUCACGCCACACCGCGACGUGGUCAUCGCACUGUCGCAUUCGGGAUCGUCUCCGGAGAUCCUUGCGCUGGUACCGCACCUCAACGCCCGCAGGUGUCCCAUCAUUGCGUUGGUCGGAAAGCGCGACAGCGCGCUCGUCAAGGCGUCUGACGCUUGGAUCGACUGCGCGACGGGCAAAGACGAUCCUGAUUCCGACUCGGAAGAAGAAGCCGAGGACGAGGAGGCAGUUGCAUCGGAUGUGGCCGAUGGCGUCGAGCAGGUGAGCCUUUCCGCCGGCGGUCAGGCCGCUCUUCGAAGCUCGAGCGAGCCAGCCGCCAAUGGUGCUGCUUCUCAUUCGCACGCGAUCGUUGGAGCGCGUCGGGCGACCAUGCCUCAGUGCGACACCUGCGACUGCGGCAAGUCAAGGCAGCGUACGAGGACAAGACGGAACAGGGCUCCGCGACCUACCACCGACGAGGCGUGGGACGACGUUCCAGCACCCAGCAGCAGCACAACAGUGGCUUUGGCGAUGGGCGAUGCACUCGCCUUCUCAGUCACACGUGCCAAAGGGCUGGGCAGAGACAUGUUUGCUUUCAACCAUCCUGGCGGCAAGCUUGGUGCUGACUUCCGUUUGCAGGGCCAAUCGGUGCCUCUGCAGACCUACGAUCCGAAGGGCACCGAGAGUGCGGUAGCAACGCCGAUCGCCGCUUGA